UUUCAUCUCUCCAGCUUGUGAGACCACUUGAGAGAGUGGCGCACAUCGCACACCAGAAAGUGCUUCAUUGGGCCGGGAGCUUGCUUCGACGGCAUCGAUCGAUUUCACAAGGAGUUGAGUUCAUUCACCAUGAAGAGAUUGAAAGAAGAAGCAGUAUCUGAUGAGGAGCAACCCAUGAAACCGAAGCCAUUGCUAUUACUAGCGCCGAUGUUCCCUACUCCUAGUGCACAUGCUGUGGCAACUGAUCCACCACUACUUGAUCUCACGCCAUUCAGGCCCAGCUCCUCAUCAGCACCGCAUUCACCAGCUCCAGCUUCAUUUGAUGCACAGAUUUGUUUAAAGGGUGCACCAAUUUCAGGGGCAUUUUCUACACCCCAUCAUGAAGAUGAAUGCUCGCGUAAAGAUUACAGGCGUUCUCGUGAGCUGAAAAAAUUAGCAUCAGUGAGGAGGUCCACCAAGAGGGCCCGACCGGCUAAAGUUUCCGACCAAGCUAAUGUCAAGCUGAGGUCGAGAAAAAGUGUCCCUAACAAAGAGCUCUGCGUUUGGCAGCCCCCCUUAUCAGAUAAUCCAAGGGAGUCCGCAGAACAAAUCAUGAUCAUGUUCGAUUCUCUCCGGCGCCGUACAAUGCAGUUGGAUGAGAAGGAAGAUUCUAGCAAACGUGCUGACUUGAAGGCUGGUGGUCUCAUGAUGCAGAAUAACAUGAGAAUCAAUAAUGUCAAGAUGGUAGGACAUGUGCCUGGUGUUGAAGUUGGCGAUAUUUUCUUUUUCAGGAUUGAAAUGUGCAUUGUUGGUUUACAUGCACCAGCCAUGGGCGGCAUCGAUUACAUGCCUGUUAAUAGUGUCGGAAAAGAUGAGAGUCUGGCUGUCUGCAUCAUUUCGUCUGGUGGCUACGAUAAUGAAGAAGAUGAUACAGACAUUUUGGUGUACACAGGACAGGGAGGCAACAGCCGGAAGAAAGAGAAGCAUGACCAGAAGCUUGAAAGAGGUAACCUUGCUCUCAUGAACAGCAAGAACAAGAAUACUCAGAUAAGGGUCGUGCGCAGCACACAUGACCCCUUCCGUCACUCAGAAAAGAUUUAUAUAUACGAUGGGCUUUAUCGCAUCGAAGAAUCCUGGAUGGAAAAGGCAAAGAGUGGUUUUAAUGUUUUUAAGUACAAGCUGAGAAGGGAGCCAGGGCAACCUGAUGGAAUAUCAGUUUGGAAGAUAGCUCAGAAAUGGAAAGAAAAUCCCGCCACAAGAGAAAACAUUAUACAGAUGGAUUUAUCAUCAAAUGUUGAGAACAUUCCCGUGUGCGUAGUUAAUGAUGCCGGCAAUGUGGAAGGACCAAUCCACUUCAAUUAUGUUACUGGGGUGAAGUACUUAAGACCACUCAGUAGGGAAAAACAAUUACAAAAUUGCAAGUGUCACCGUGUGUGCUUGCCUGGUGACCCUGAUUGUUCAUGCGUACAACAGAACGGUGGCGAUCUUCCAUACACAUUAUCAGGACUGCUUGUGAAGCCCACUCCAAUACUUUACGAGUGCUCUUCUAGUUGUAAGUGUUCUGAAAACUGUCGAAACAGGGUCACACAGAAGGGCAUCGAACUGAACUUUGAGGUUUUCUGGACUGGGGACCGUGGAUGGGGUCUCCGCACUUGGGAUCCUGUCCAUGCUGGUGCAUUCAUCUGUGAGUAUGCUGGUGAAGUCAUCGACGAAACCAAGGUGAACAUCGAUGUUAAGGAAGAUGAUUAUAUAUUUGAUACAUCAUGUACAAGUGAAAAGGUUUCGAGAUGGAAUCAAGGUACAGAAUUGCUAGAAGAAAUAAGUAGAGGUGCAACAACUGAGAACACUAAAGAUUUACCUAUCAUCAUAAGUGCAAAAGAUUCUGGCAAUGUGGCCCGAUUCUUGAACCAUAGUUGUUCUCCGAAUCUCCUUUGGCAGGCGGUGCAGUAUGACCAUGGGGAUGAUAGGUACCCGCACAUAAUGUUCUUUGCGAUAAAACAUAUUCCUCCGAUGACUGAACUGACCUAUGAUUAUGGUACAAGAGGGGCUCCUCCUGGCUUUGAGGGCAUAUUUCCUAAAGCUUGCAAGCUCAAGCAAUGCCUCUGCGGUUCUACAAAUUGCCGAGGCUAUUUCUGAUAAAUCAUACGUUGGGCACGAAUGAACCAAUCUAUUAAACAAGGUUAUUAUGCUGCUCCAGUACAUCGCACCUGUAGUCGACUGUCUUACUUUGCUUUAUGAGAUGCCGUAGGUAUAUCUGUGUUUUGGAUGCUGAUGAGAAAGGCAAACUAAUCAGUGAAUGCAGAAAAUGGUGUGGUUGGCAUGAGGGUGCUCAGUUUCUGGUUAUGUUGGUGGAAACCACAAAGACUAAAAGCCUGUAGUCGGUGGCAUGACAUCCUCACAUUUUGUGGUUAAACAUCGCUGAAUCACUGAUUGUGUGUACCCCAGUCAUGUGUUCGUCAUGCAAGUAUGUCGUGUGUAAAUCUUGCCCUA